UAAGGGCACUAAAUAGGGAAUAGGGUACCAUUUGAGACACAGCCCCUGAGACAUCCUGUAGGCCCCAUGCAGGCAGGCCUGUGUGGGGGAAGUCGGGCUACUGUAGCUGAAUAAAGUGCUGAGUCACAACGUAUCUCCUUGGACCUCACUUCCCCUCUGGCUCACAGUCAGAUCCAUCACUAACCCAACUGACUGUUUGGAGCUGAAUGAUGAGGGCUUUGCUGCAGCUAUAGUAUAGUGUCUGUAGACGGUGAACCUACGAGCCGUUGUGGGGAAAGUUUAUCCUGGGUUGCACCCAGAGAAGUAGGAAGCUUAGCUGCUAAGCUAGUGUACUGUGGUCUGUCACAUACAGUAUGGUAAAAUACUGUUGAUCUGUGGAUAGUUUGUAGAGAUGUAUCAAUAGGGGCCAGUAGUGUUAGUAUUAACUGUAUCCAUAAACCCCCCUGAAGCUUAAAUAAGGCUUCCCUGACAGGAGCCUCUAUGGCAGUGAUAAGGAGUAAAAUGCUGCUGACAUUAAAUAAAUAUAUUCUUCCUGUGUCCAAUCAGUAGUGUGUGUCAACCAUAUGUGAGUGUCAGGGUGCUUUAUCAGUGCAGGCCAGCUUGGACUUUUAUACACUCUCAUGCCUCUGAGUGAUGAGUUGCAAACCACUCCUGCUAUGAACACAUGCAACAGCUACGACCACACACUCCUGCUACGACCACACACAACAGGGAAGAGUUGGCAGUGAUGAUGAGGGGGUUCCUGCCAUGUGUGACCCAACUCCUGGGUCUGCUCCUCCUCUUGCUGACCCCAGGGAGGGUUGAAGGGUCAUCAGGCUGUCCCUUGUCCUGCUCCUGUCAUGGUGGUCAGGUAGACUGCAGCAGCCGCACCCUCACCACCUCCUCUUUACCCUCCCACUUCCCUCCUGCCAGCAUCGAGCUCCGUCUCCACGACAACCAGCUGACCACGCUCCCCAACGGCCUGCUGGACUCCCUUUCCUCCCUCCGCUCUGUCUCUCUCCAUGGCAACCCCUGGGCGUGUGAUUGCGGCGUGCUCUACCUGCGUUCCUGGCUGCUCAAACAGCCUGUCGACUACGUGGGACACAGCAAUGUCACCUGCAGUUCCCCUCCCGGCCUGCGGGGAAGGCUGGUGGUCUACCUGGCUGAGGAGGAGGUUUUGGAGUCCUGUCACUACUGGUACUGUGACCUGGCACUGGCCUCCCAGGUCUUUCUGUUUGUGUUUGUGGCGGUGCAGGUGGGGCUGCUGGGUGCCAUGGUCGUGUUCCUGAGGAGAUUUGAAAGGCUGUCCCGUGAGGCACGAAGGACCACAGAGGAGAGCUUUGCUGGGGGGGUAGGGGCUUAUGAGAAUAGUGAGUAUGAGCCCCUGAAGGCCAGCAGCAUCUGAAGAGGGGAGGGAGGGGCCAGGUAGGCAAGGAGGGAGAAGAGGGAGAGGAAACAGCGAAAGGCAGAGUAGAGAGAGAACCUUAAAGGGGUCAAGCUGGUGAGCUUGAAAGGGGACUCACAGGACAAGAAACAUGGGCAAAUACAAGUGGUUAUGCAUUUAUUUUCUGAGGAUUCCUUCAAUAUGUUUCAUUGCUUGCAUCACUCAAUAAAGCUGUUAAAAUA